GUACCGAGCACGGCGUAGCACGGAAACUCCCAGGUCCAGAGGUUGGGUAGUUCACGCCAAUAACUAACGAACCACGUCGAUCGCUUCGGCCCCCCUCCCUCCCCUCCCCCAGAAACAGCAACGCAACCACCGACACCAACAAGCGCAGCUCUUCCGACACUGAGCGCAACUAGUCUUCUCUCCCUGUUUCAAAACCCCAUCGACGAUUGCGUGACACCCGGCUUUCCUCGUUUCGCCUCGAGGAGGGCGCAGCGCAUCUCCCGUUACCAUACGCUAAUGGACCUGGACAUUGACACGGCCAAGGGAGCAACAAUGUCUGCGACAACGCCAGCGGAGAAGUCGACAACUGCUUCCGCCGCUCAGCAGCAGGAGCAGCAGCAGCAGCAACAACAACAACAAAGACAAUCGCAGCCGAGUCGACAACAAGCUCAGUCAAAGCAGCAACCUCCACCGUUGCAACCACACCCGCAGUUCAGCUCACAAUCGCCGACUCAGUCAAGACAGUCGCAGUCGCAGUCGCCAGCACCGUCGCAAGCGCAAUCUCAGGGUCAGCAGCCACCAUCGGCUUCGACAGCCACGGGCACAUCAACCGGCCAUAUGAGUUUCAGGAGACAACGAGCCUCUCGAGCUUGCGAAACUUGCCAUGCCCGUAAAGUUCGCUGCGAUGCCGCAAGCCUCGGUGUUCCGUGCACCAACUGCGUCGCUUUUUCCAUCGAAUGCCGCAUCCCGACGCCUAAACGCAAGAAGACUGCCGCGCAGAGCACCACCACUGCCCCUUCCAAGGACUCGGAUAGUGAGCGAGGAGACACCGAAGACCGGUCGCCGCGCCAGGCCGGUGCAAACAACACCUUCCCGGCUGGAACCCGACCUGCGGCGGCCUACCAUACCCAGGAGGGGACACCGACCACAUCUGUCAACGUCAAGGAACAGGCGAAAAGGGAAGAGUACGACAAUGCAACCCUGGCCAACUACAUGAACCUCGUCAUGAAGCCCAAGUUCACUAGGGCACCUAUCACGGAGGCUGGGAGGGUAGCCUAUAUGGGCGAGUCUUCCAACCUCAACCUUCUCGUCCACGACCGCCAAAGCGACUCGGACGUGGUACAUUAUCCUCUGCCGGAACAUGUACGGGGCAACAAGGCCAGGUUAUCAGAGCUGGAUAGCACCGAGAUCGAAAUCCUUCAUCAGCGAGGCGCGUUUCUGCUGCCACCACGGUCUCUGUGCGAUGAGCUCAUCGAAUCGUACUUCCAGUGGGUACACCCCAUAGUCCCCGUCAUUAACCGGACCAAGUUUAUGCGGCAAUACAAAGACCCCAAGAACCCGCCGUCACUGUUGCUGCUGCAAGCCAUGCUUCUUGCCGGUUCUCGAGUCUGCACCAACCCCCAACUGAUGGAUGCAAAUGGUUCCGCAGCACCAGCCGCUCUUACAUUUUACAAACGCGCUAAGGCCUUGUACGAAGCGGGCUACGAAGACGAUCGGGUUACCAUUGUACAGUCACUCCUCCUGAUGGGUUGGUACUGGGAAGGCCCCGAGGACGUUACCAAAAACGUCUUCUACUGGAGCCGUGUUGCUACCAUUGUCGCUCAGGGCUCUGGCAUGCACAGGAGCGUUGAGGGUUCGCAGCUAAGCAAAGCCGACAAGAGGCUGUGGAAGCGUAUCUGGUGGUCAUUGUUCACAAGGGACCGAUCGACAGCUGUCGCGCUUGGACGACCUUGUCAUAUCAAUCUGGACGACUCGGACGUGGAGAUGUUAACGGAGGACGACUUCAUCGAAGACGAGCCGGAUAACCCAAGCGACUACCCACCGGACGAGAUCCAUGUUCAGUUCUUCCUGCAAUACGUCAAGCUCUGCGAAAUCAUGGGCCUGGUCCUCUCUCAGCAGUAUUCUGUUGCCUCCAAGGGCAAGGGGAAAAACGCCAUUGAUCUGACACACAGUGAUAUGGCUCUUGCCGACUGGCUUCAGAACUGCCCAAAGAUUGUCUACUGGGAGAUGCGGAACCACCAUUUCUGGUCUGCAUUGCUUCAUUCAAAUUACUACACCACUCUAUGCCUCCUGCACAGAGCACACAUGCCACCGAGUGGAUCCCACAGAUGGCCUGAUGACUCGCCCUACCCCUCGCGUAACAUUGCGUUCCAGGCGGCAGCUAUGAUCACCUCUAUUAUCGAGAAUCUCCAGUCCAACCAUCAGCUACGGUAUUGCCCUGCGUACAUUGUCUACAGUCUCUUCUCUGCGCUCAUCAUGCACGUAUAUCAGAUGAGGUCGCCAGUUGCCUCCAUCCAGCAAGUUACGCAAACCAGAAUACGCACAUGCAUGGCCGCCCUGAAAGACGUUUCCAAGGUUUGGCUUGUGGGCAAGAUGGUGUUUACUCUUUUCGAGUCUAUUCUCGGCAAUAAGGUCCUUGAAGAAAGGCUUCAGAAGGCGGCAGGUAAGAGACAUCGCCGGAUGCAGCAAGGUCUCUCUCAGCUAGAACAAUAUCGCCAGCACCAGCAGCUUCAACAACAGCAACAACAACAACAACAACAGCAGCAGCAGCAGCAGCAGCAGCAGCAGCAACACCAGCACCAGCAGCAACAGCAGCAACGUGUACACGAUCAGAAGCGUAAAUACGACGAAAUGGCCAUUGAUUUCAGCGUUAACACUCCCCAGCCCCAAGAAUCUUACGAGCGUUCAAGGCCACAAACACCAAGUUUGACAACCAAGACGGAGACGACGCCCAGCACGAUGCCGCCACCUGUCACGUCACCCAAUAACCAGAACGGUCAUCGUCCUCCGCACGAUGCGUUUAUGGGCGGAACGGCUUCGAGGCCGCACACUCGGCCAGCGACGCCUUUCAACCCAUCCUUCUCGGUUCCAGCCACUCCACCAGAUCUAUACUUGGUGACGAGAAAUUCACCCAACCUUUCACAAAACAUCUGGGAGAACUUUCAGCCCGACCAGCUCUUCCCAGAAAGUACCAACAUGCCCCUCUUCCCUCACCUGUCACCUACCCAACAGCAUUCCGGUCUGGACCCCAACAUGAUGCAUAUGCCAAGCGGGCUUUCCAAUCAACCCAUUGAGUAUACACAGGGCGUUAAGCGCAACCUGGCUGGCAGUCCGUUGCCCACCAACCCCAACAACAAUAAUAAUGGCAAUGGGUUGCUUCAUCCUGGCGGCAUGCCAGGGCAGGGCCAAGGCCAACAGGGAGGAUAUGGAAAUAAUCAGUCUAAUAGCUUCUGGAACGCCAGCUUUGAUGGGCAGAUAGGCGGCGGUGGAGCGAAUGACGGGCAUAGCCCGAGUGACAGUUGGAGUAAUAGCUCGGUGCAUGGACAGUCUGUUCCGUCGACGCUUAAUGUUGAGGACUGGUUCCAAUUCUUUGGAAUUAAUAGUGAUCCGUCGCAGGGAUACAUGAAUCUUGACAUCCCGGAACUGAUGAGGCAGUUGUAAUCGUAUCGAUCCCAGCCCAUAAGAGUUGAUGUUGGCAUAUGAUGAGACUAUGGUAGCUAUCAGUCUCAAAAUGAAUGAUGUGGUGCAGAACUGUAUAAGGCCUAGGCUGGCGACUGUGGUCACUGUAUCCUUUCGCAUUUCAGCACUCAUACAAGCAGUUUUAGGAGGCAUUGGCAGGAAAACUCAACUAGUACAUCGAAGUACUCUUUUAUUGGAUAUGUUGAAAACAUGU